GGGGACAGAGAGAGGGGUAGGUGAGAGAGAUAGGGGAAAUGUUUCUUGUUUUGUGUUAAUUUUAUUAUUUCUAUUUGCUUUGGCAACACUGAUUGUCCCCAUCAGCCAUGCUAAUAAAGCACCUUGAAGUGAACUGACAGGAGGGGGAGAGAGGGGUAGGAGAGACAGAUAGGAGAUUGAAUUGAAAUUGAUAGGAGAGGGGGACAGCGAGAGCAGGGGCGCUGAGAGAGUCUGGGGGGAGAGAGAGGAGCGCCCGGGGCGCCGGACAAGGCGGACCCGCCUGUGACCAGAGAGCAGCUACACUGCUCGAGUCAGCUGUCCGGAAAAAGAGAGCGCCCCCCCUCCCCCCCCCGUCUUAAAACCAGAGGCGCACUUCUGUAGCGCUGGUGUUCGUGUCUCAGGAGCAGCGAGGUGAAGGAAGUCGGCGCCACGGACAGCCCGAGUUCCCGGUGGUCACGUGCAGUACAGGAUGCAGUAACAGUGCCCUUGUGAGUUGGGAUGGCAGUGUUUAAGGUGGAGAACGUGGAGGACCUGUAUGAGAUUGGGGAUGUCCUGGGCAGCGGUCACUUUGGACAGGUGCGCCAUGUGCGGGAGAAGGCGACGGGAACGCCGUGGGCUGGGAAGUUCCUGAAGAUCCGGAAGAAUGCGACGAGCCGGCUGGGGCUGGAGAGGAAGGCGGUGGAGAGGGAGGUGGAAGUCCUGCAGUCUCUGCAGCACACCAACAUCAUGGCCCUGAAGGACGUGUUCGAGAGCAGGGCGGAGGUCGUGCUGAUCGUGGAGCUGAUCAGCGGAGGGGAGCUGUUCGACUUCAUUGCGGAGAAGGAGAACCUGUCCGAGACCGACGCCAUCGAGUUCAUGGUGCAGAUCCUGAAGGCCGUGGGCUUCAUGCACUCCAAGCACUUCGCCCACUUCGACCUCAAGCCGGAGAACAUCAUGCUGCUCGACAAGGUGGUGCCUCACCCCCACAUCAAGCUCAUCGACUUCGGGCUGGCCCAGCGCCUGGACGAGGCGGUGGAGUUCAAGAGCCUGUGCGGCACCCCCCAGUACAUCGGGGGCAUGCCGGGGUCACAGGUCACUGCAGUGGCGCACCAUGCAGACUCGGCUCCAGGUCACCAGUGCGGCAGCCCCCUGGGCCAGACUUUCCGCCCGCAGCCGCCUCUGCUCUCUCCCAGCCCCCGCGCAGUGUUUCCUGGUCAAGACCUCUCUCUCUGCCCCUCCUCUGCCUGGGGCAGCAGCAUCCAGCGCGAGUGUCCAGCAGUAUUAACACUGUCCCUCUCUGCCAGGCACAGGCCAGUGCUGGUGUCCAGCAGGGUCUGCUGGGCUGUACUGUGUUUUUACUAUGUUGACCUCAAACUCUCACAAGGGUGGGGUCCAUGUUUUGACCCGGGAUCUGUGUGUCUCCCCGUGUCCAGGGACAGGAUGACCGCGGAGGAGUGCCUCGUCCACCCCUGGAUCAAGCCGCUGAGCAGGAAGCAGGCGGACAAUCGGAGCCGCUCCUCCAUCAACAUGAAGAGCUUCCGGAGGUUCAACGCGCGCAGGAAGUGGAAGGGACGGAGCUCCGGGGAAAACGGCAGGAAGAGGUUCUGGAUCCGGCUCUGGCCAGAUGGCUCCCUGCAGCGGAAUACCAGGCCAGCCGGCUGUAAAAUCCAACAUCAGGAGCUUUCAUCCACGGCCGAGCAGAACGAGACCGGGGCCGGAGCCGGGUUCGACAGGGGCCUGACUCCCGCGAGUGACGCCCUGCAGUCUGCCGGCUCGUUACUGCUGAAGGGCCGCAGCUUCGUUAGAGGCCAGGGGGACUCGCUGACCCGCCGCGCCUGCUCCGGGCCCAAGAAGACGGUCUCGCCCGCCUCACCCGAGAGCUCCUGCAGGGGGCGCUGUAGCCGGCUCUUCCCCUGGCAGCUGGACGUGAACCGGGUCAAGGACGAGCCAGCGGAUCUGGAAGGAGCUGGACUCUUGGGGAGGACGACUCCCAGUUGA